GUGGGGCGGGGCUGUCACUGAAUUGUUACGUGCCGACGGUCCACAUCGGUGUGGCGGCUGUUGGAACCGUCGCGAGAAGCCCUCCCAUCGAACCGCUUGCCUCGGGACCCAAAGGGCUCGCAGGAGAGGCCGGGACGAAUUCGUCGGGGAGAAGUCGUCAAACUGCGUGACAGCUUGUCACCGAGAGUGGUGUUUUGUUUUUUUUUCGACUCAAGAGGAGCGCUUGUUCACACACAGUUUCAAGAUACAGGUUUGGUGGACACAAUGGAGGACGAACUGAUGUUCAGCAUGGAGGAGGAGGGCAGUAGCAGCAGGUCCUCAGACAAAAGGAGUGCGCCCAAACAUCGGGUGUCCUCGCUCACCGACGACGAUGACGGUGAGGAGGACGACGGUUUCAUCUGCUCCAUCCUGGACGACCCUGUCCGAGACAUCUGUCACUACAUGCAGAACAUGGUCAACAACCACCAGCUUUCAAACUCGCUGCCCAAGACAGAAUUCUUGUACAGGAAUCAAACAGAGCAUUUGGCGGAAGGUUCGUACCACGUUUUGUCUGAGAGUGCACGGGAGACGUGGAAAAACGCUAUUAUGAAGGCCAAAGCCAUGCCGGACCCCUGGGCCGAAUUUCACCUGGAGGACAAAGAAACCGAACCCUGUUUGCGCUACAGGUAUAACGCCAUCACAGGCGAAUGGGCCCAAGACCGAGUCCAGAUCAAGAUGGCUGCACAGCCAUUUGGCAGAGGAGCCAUGAGGGAGUGCUUCAGAACGAAGAAGCUGUCCAGCUUCUCGCACAGCCACAACUGGAAGACUGCCUGCAACUACGUGGCCAAGCGUUACAUGGAGACGGUGGACCGGAACGUCUACUUUGAAGACGUCCGGCUCCAGAUGGAGGCUAAACUUUGGGGUGAGGAGUUCAAUCGCCACAGGCCUCCCAAACAGGUGGACAUCAUGCAGAUGUGCGUGGUAGAGAUGACAGAGAGGCCCGGAAAGCCGCUCUUCCACCUGGAGCAUUACAUCGAGGGCAAGUACAUCAAGUAUAACUCCAACUCAGGCUUUGUGAGGGAUGACAACAUCAGACUGACACCGCAGGCUUUUAGUCACUUCAGCUUUGAGCGUUCUGGGCACCAACUGAUCGUAGUGGACAUCCAGGGCGUUGGUGAUCUCUACACCGACCCUCAGAUUCACACAGAAAAGGGAACCGACUUUGGCGACGGGAAUCUUGGCGUGCGAGGCAUGGCGCUCUUCUUCCACUCUCAUCUCUGCAACAAGAUCUGCAAAAGCAUGGGCCUGACGCCUUUCGACCUGUCCCCGAUUGAGAGGCAGCAGCUGGACUGCACCAACAAACUUCUGAAAUCAGCCAAGACGGUGCUGAGAGGCUGCGAGGAACAGUGCGGUUCCCCUCGCGUCCGCACCAUGUCCGGCAGCCGGGUGCCGCCGCUGCUGUCCCGCCUGUCCGAGACAUCGUCCAUGGACGAGAGCAUGAGCGACACGGACUCGGUGCCCUGCUCCCCGCUGGUGGCGCCCGCCUACAUGGCGAGGUCUCCGGCCGCUUUUACAGGGUUAUCCUUCACCGGGAUGUACGAACAGGAACGAAUCGACAACGCAGGGGAACACAGGGAGUCGGACAGCGGCGGGGACAGCGGAUACCCCAGCGAGAAGAGAAGUGAGGGAGAUCCCAACGACCGCCCAGAUGGGGCCCGCCACCACUACCAAAGACAUUAUUCUGAGUCGGACGAGGACAGUGUCAGACGGCUGACGGAAGAAAAGUGGAGCUUCUUCCACUCGUCCCGCGCUCACGUGCACAGAUCCUCCUGCGUUGCCACCGAGAUGGAGCGACUCAACUCGCUAAUGCAGAAGCGUAUUGGGCAGUCUAUCCUUGGAAAGGUUCACCUGGCCAUGGUGCGCUACCACGAGGCGGGACGCUUCUGCGAGAAGGACGAGCAGUGGGAUGAGGAUUCGGCCAUGUUUCACCUGGAGCGAGCCGCCCAGUGCGGCGAGCUGGAGGCCAUCGUGGCCAUCGGCCAGUGCUGCCUGCAGCUGCCCCACCACAUCCUGCCCAAUAUGGAGCUGGAGGACAACGCCGGAAACCGAAUGAAAGGCUUCAAGUAUCUCCUGCAGGCUGCCGAAGCAGGCGACCGAUCAUCCAUGAUCAUCUUGGCCCGAGCUUUUGACACGGGUGUUAAUCUGUCGGCAGACAGACAUCAGGACUGGCAGGAGGCAAUCCACUGGUACGACAGCGCGUUGAACAUGGAUGAGCACGACGAGGGCGGCGAGUUCGACGGCAUGCAGGAUGAGUCUCGUUACCUCCUGCUGGCCAGGGAGGCUGAGAUGUUUAUGGUGGGGGGCUACAACCUCACGGCGGACCCACAGAAAGCAGGCGACCUGUUUACAGAAGCCGCAGAGGCUGCCAUGGAGGCCAUGAAAGGGCGCUCGGCAAACCAGUACUACAUGAAAGCCGAAGAGGCGUGGGCGCUAGUGGAGGAGUAACUCUACUUGUGCACACUUUUACCACAAAAGAAAAGCACUUCAAGUGUCCCGCCUGACCCAAAACGAGUUGCGUUUACAUCAUUUUUUAUAUAACAGGUUUUUAGUUAACAGUGCUUUGCGAGUUUGCAUGUUUAAUCAAGCCUUCCAGCAUUUAAGCUUCAUCGGGUUUUCUGCGCAAGAUUCUCUUUUUUGAGGGAAAGUUGCUGUUUCCAUGUUGAGUUUGUCUUCUGUGAAUGUCGUCAUGGAGCCAAAACCACAUUACUAUUCGAAAAGUGUGUAUGAAAACAAUAAUUACUUAUGUGACCGUAAAAAAAUAAAGUUUGCAUUGAAUUUCAUGAA